UCUAAAGACGUAGUGCUAUGUACCUACCUACCUACCCUAAAGAAACUUUACAUACUCGAAACUACCUACCUUUGGUGUGUGUUCUCGUAUUAGUAGUAAUGCCGAUUGUUCAACAUGGCAGCGCCCAAGAUCACAAUUGUCGCGGAUGACAACUUGUCUGUUAAGCCCACCCCGGAUCUCGGCGGCGUUUACCGCACGCGGAGCUUGUCGCAGUCUCGGGGUCCCGGGAGGCGCCGUACCGCUUCUCGCGCGUCUCACGAGAGACGGAGUGAGCAUCUCGAUGUCGAGGACGAGGAUGACUGGCUCCAAGACGAUGGUCGGAAGAAACAAGUCUUUAAGGGAACAGCGUUACUCUGGCUGUCAUACCAGUCGAUCGGUGUAAUCUAUGGUGAUAUAGGAACAAGUCCCCUAUAUGUGUUCUCGAGUACUUUCACCUCCCAGCCGUCCUACGAUGAUCUCCUCCAGGUCCUCUCUGUGGUGCUUUGGUCUUUGACUAUCAUGGUUACACUGAAAUAUGUGUUAAUCGUGCUGCAUGCCGACAACCAGGGAGAGGGUGGCACGUUUAGUUGCUACUCACUACUCACCCGAUAUGCUAAUAUCACGGAUCGCGAUCCUCGAGAGGCGCGACUCGUGAAGAUGGAACGACACGAGACGGACGAUAUGCGCCCGAGCAAUCGGACAUUACGCUCGACUAUCGAGAAAAAUACGUUCCUGCGCGGUUUGCUAAAGACCACUGGCGUCUUGGCCGUUUCCAUGGUUAUCGCUGACGGUGUCCUUACUCCCGCCCAGUCUGUUCUCGGAGCCAUCCAGGGUCUCUCGGUGGUGAGUCCCAACAUAAGCAGCUCUACCAUCGUCGGAACAUCAUGCGGCAUACUAGUUGUGCUCUUCCUUAUCCAACCUCUCGGAACUACCAAGUUAGCGAGCACGUUUGCCCCUAUCGUCAUUCUGUGGCUCGGAUUCAACGCUGGUUUUGGCAUUUACAACUUGGUUAUGUACGACUACUCGGUGCUAAAGGCCUUCUCGCCCUACUUUGCGAUACACUUCUUCAUGGAGAAGAAGACGGCUGCUUGGAAAAUGCUCGGCGGUAUUUUACUGGCCUUCACCGGUGUCGAGGCACUCUUUGCAGACCUCGGUGCAUUCAGCAUGAGAGCCAUCCAGAUAAGUUGGCUAUCUUGGUGUUACCCUUGUCUCCUCUUAGCAUACGUCGGCCAGGCUGCGUAUAUCAGCGUCCAUCCCGAUGCGUAUACGAACCCCUUUUAUAACGCCGUGCCCCCGGGAAUGCUUUAUCCUAGCUUGAUUGUUGCCGUCCUGGCAGCAAUUGUUGCUUCGCAAGCCAUGAUCACAGCUGUGUUUCAGCUCAUUAGCCAGUUAAUGAAGUUAUCGUAUUGCCCGCAAGUAAAAGUAGUCCACACAUCGAAAACGUUCCAUGGGCAACUGUACGUGCCCUUCGUUAAUUGGAUCUUGAUGUGCGGAGCUAUUCUUGUUACUUGCGUUUAUUCCAACACAACCCGCCUUGGAAACGCAUAUGGCGUUUGUGUCAUGUUUGUUACCUUCUUCGAUACAUCGAUGGUGACCCUUGCCUGUUUAAUCGUGUGGGGAUUGUCCCCCUAUCUUGUCUUCAUACCGUGGCUUUUCUUCGCUACAGUCGACGGCCUAUACCUCUCCUCAGCUUUAACCAAAGUUCCUGAUGGAGCCUGGUUCACGAUUACCAUUUCGGGAAUUCUUACGUGCAUUUUUCUACUCUGGCGCUUCGGCAAGGAAAAUCAAUGGCGGGCUGAGGCAGAAGACCGGUUCCGUCCCGCGCAACUCCUGCACCGGACGGACUCUACUCCUAAUAGCGACCUUGUCCUCGGACCCCGUUGGGGUAGUGGUGCUGUGAGUCGGAUUAGAGGGUUCGGUAUAUUCUUCGACAAGACGGGUGUGCUAACGCCAACCGUGUUCACCCAAUUUGUUAGCAAGUUUGGGACUGUGCCAGAUGCUAUGAUCUUCUUCCAUCUGCAUCCUGCGGAAACACCGACUGUUCCAUCCAAUGAGCGUUAUUCUAUCUCGCGUAUAGCUGCUAUUCCAGGUUGUUACAGACUGGUGGUCCGCAGUGGCUUCAUGGACGAAGUGAUCACGCCUGACCUCGCAGCGCUGAUUUACGAGCAAGUACGAAACUUCGUUAUCGAUCAAGCCAAUGAUGAUAACACAAGUCCGCCAUCAAUAGAGACCGAAGUUAUAGGGGGGCAGGUACCGGGUGAAACUCACGGGGUAUCUUCUGGAAGAGAUGUUCAAGCGAAUGGUCCGAGCGAGAGGGACAGGGCUGUACUUGCGCUCGGAGACGAUGCGAUAAAGGAUGAACUCGGUAGGCUUGACCGGGCUUUCGCCAGCAAGGUCAUGUAUGUCAUCGGCAAGGAACAAAUGCGCAUAAAAGAUCAUCCUGCGUCAUUCUUUCGGCGCAUAAUCCUGACAACGUUUCUCUGGAUCAGGGAUAACACACGCGCCAAGAUCGCGAAUCUGAGGCUCGCUAUGGACAGAGUUGUCGAAGUCGGGUUUGUUAAAGAGAUAUAACGCGAAACAUGGCGAAUACUAUUUGGUAAUAUCUGAUGUGUAAGUCAGGAUGGAACCAAAUGAAUACCUCCUAAUAUUUGGGUAGUUCCCUGGGAUAGAGAGGAGAGCAGUUUGAUAUUAUUGCAAAGCUAUAUUUCCGCUUCGACUUUAUGACAAGCGAAGAAGAUAUAAGCGAUCGAGGAUUUAAGAGGAACAUUUAUGCCAUUGAAUGUAAUCCUCGUGCUCAUACCGCAGUAGUCUUGUUCGGGCAACAUGGUCCAGAGGCCUAUGCGACGGUCCAAGCUUACCUUACCCUUGUUCAAAGGAAUAGAAGAACGAGUACUAUAGAUUCAAUGACCGAUAAAAAGCUUCUAGCUGGCACUGAAGGAUCGAUAAUCUUUCCGCCCACAAACGCGCAACUACGAUAUUGGAUAGGACAUGAUCUGGUAACCCUUUUUCUUCACCCACUAUUUCGGUAGAGUAUCGGAUUGGACAACUAUAGACACGUUAUAACGAAUGUCCUUGAAUUUAUUUCUCAUGUGCUAUUAUGGAAAGAAGAAACUUUUGAAGUUUGGGAUCCGCUACCAGCGUUAUUCCUUUACCGGGUGUAUUGGCUGAUGACAAUUCUAUGAAUCUAUCGCCUUGGUGGCAGGGGAACAAUACAUGCUAAACUGAAGGUUGGAUAGUGCUAGGGCCACUGAAUCUAGGUGGCUUGCCACUAAAUUUACAGCGA